CGCAAAUGGCCCGGAAGUGAGUGUCUAUUAUGUUGGGGACGUCUUGAUGAUGGUCCAUGUGGUCCAUAGAGAAGACAUCACCUUCUCCACCUGGUCUGAUCUCAGCCUCCGCACUACAUCUACCAUACACACAGGUUGUAAUAUUGUAGCUGGACCAAGGCUGGAACAUUGUAAUUCCAUCUGCUAUCACGUGAGUGAGUCCUGCAUGGCUGAUGAUGGACGUGGAUCAGGGGCCCAUGAGCGAGAACAUAAUAACUAUCACUUUGGAAGUUGUUCACCUGCUGACCGGAGAGGAUUAUAUGGUUGUAAAGAAGCCUGGAGAUCUUGGUACAACCGGUGACAUUGAAUUGAGAAGGACCCAGGCCUCUGUUAUGUUGCCAUCGUCUCCUACUUUGAUCCCAGAGGAAACCAAUGAUCGGAAGGUCUUAGAACUCACCAACAGGAUCAUUCAUCUUCUCACUGGAGAGGUUUGGAAGUAUUUAGGUCAUUCUUCUCUUCAUGGUGACAAUGUAACAAAGCAUCCCCAACAAAUCGCACCCCCAGAAUAUUCCGAAGGUUUCCAGGCUAACCAUGUCUCUACUGAUAUAAAGGAGGAGUCUGUGACGUGUAAAAAAGGCAUUGAUGUAGAGAUGAAUGCACAAGUAUACUCCCAGACACCGGAUACAAAUGGCUACAUUGAGGAAGGUACGUUUUCUUGUGAUGAAAGGAAUCUUAUGGACAAUGACACCUGUGUGCCUACAGAGCUUAUCUACAACCAAGCGGCAUCCUUUAUCAAAAAAGAACUGGUUCCACCGAUCAGUCAGGCAAAGGAUUUACCAAAUAGUUUUAAGAAGGAAUCCAAAUCGUAUAAAGAUGAGAAUCCCAAAGACUCUAACGUUUCCACAGCGGCAGAACCCACGUUACAGUAUUCAUCCUCUUACAUAAAGGAGGAGUCUGUUUUAUUUCAAGUUAGAAAUGACCCAGAUCCGGAAAUGUGUAGUAUAGUUCACACGCAGCAGUACCCGUCCGCCCAUAUUAAGCAGGAGAUGGUUUCUGAUGAAGGAAACUCUGAGGACACUGAAACCUAUACACAAAUAGAUUACUUGAUACCUUAUACUGAUGAAUGUAAUGAAGACCAUGAUGAUUCGCCUAGAGCAUAUGGGAAGUCCUCAGCGACAGCCUUGGAGAAGAAUGGAAGACUUUAUAACAAGUCCCUCGCCGCCGAGAAAAACUUUAAAUGCUCGGAGUGUCCGAAAUGUUUUACAAGAAAUGCAGAUUUACUGAAACAUCAAAAGGUUCACAGCCAGUCGCAGUCGAUUAUAUGUUCCGAUUGUGGAAAAAGCUUUGCCAAGAAUUCCAUGUAUGUAAGGCACCAGAGAAGCCACACAGGGGAGAAACCAUUCUCUUGUUCAGACUGUGGAAAAAGCUUCUCCGUCAGCGCUCACCUUAUCACUCACCAGCGAAUUCACACAGGGGAGAAGCCUUUUGUAUGCUCCGACUGCGGGAAGUCCUUUAACCAGAAAGCUUCGCUCAUCAAGCAUCGUAGGACUCAUACGGGAGAGAAGCCAUUUGUUUGUGCCGACUGCGGCAAAUGUUUUACAAGCAGCACCAACCUCACUCUGCACCAGCGGGUUCACACGGGGGAGAAACCGUAUUCUUGCAACGUGUGUGGAAAAUGUUUUAGAAGUAGCCCCAACCUUAUUUCCCACCAGAGAAUUCACACCGGGGAGAAACCAUACUCCUGUAGGGAAUGUGGCAAGUUUUUCACCAAUAGCUCGGUACUGGUUAGACAUCAGAGGACACACACAGGAGAGAAACCAUUUUUAUGUUCUGAGUGCGGCAAGUGCUUUACCCGAAACUCGCAACUUAUUAAACAUCAGAUGAUCCAUGCUGGAAAGAGACCCUAUUCCUGUCCUGUAUGUGGGAAACUGUUUAAGAAAAACUCCAGUCUCUCUAUGCACAUGAGAAUUCACAGUGAUGAGCGGCCAUUUUCAUGUUUAGAAUGUGGAAAAUGUUUUACCCAAAACUCAAUUCUUGUUGAACAUAAAAGAACUCACACAGGGGAGAAGCCGUUUUCAUGUUCAGAUUGUGGGAAAUAUUUUGCCCAAAGGUCAGCACUUGUAAAACAUGAGAGAAGUCACACAGGGGAGAAGCCAUUUGCGUGUUUGGAAUGUUGGAAAUGUUUUACACGUAAAGAUCAUCUUGAGAGACAUCAAAGAAUUCACAGAGACGAGAGGCCGUUUUCCUGUUCUGAAUGCGGUAAAUGUUUCACUCGGAUAUCGGUUCUUGUUGCACAUCAGAGAAUUCACACCGGGGAAAAACCAUAUGCAUGUUCUGAUUGUGGAAAAUGCUUUACCUAUAAAUCCGUUCUUAUUGAACACGAGAAAACCCACACAGGAGAGAAGCCAUUUUCAUGUUCUGAAUGUGGAAAAAGUUUUGCUCAAAAAUCAACUGUCAUCGCACAUCAGAGAAUUCACACAGGGGAGAAGCCGUUUUCAUGUUCAGAAUGUGGGAAAUGUUUUACUCUGAAAUCAGGUCUUGUUAGACAUCAGAGAACUCAUGCUGAGGAGAAAUCUUUUUCAUGUUCCGAAUGUGGGAAAUGUUUUAACUUAAAAUCAGAUGACAUCGUACAUCAUAGAACUUACACUGGGGAAAACUUUCUGAAAGAGCAACUAGUUAAAUGCUAUCUUUGUAUGUUCUUACCUAAAUAAAGCCAUGUUAUGAAGAUCA